GAAGUGAUGCAAUGACCCACCGGGGCAAAAAAAUUACCUGUCUCGUAUAUAAACCUGAGCAUUCCUCUGUUGAAGUACUAUCACUCAAAUCAUCAUCAUCGUCAUCGUCAUCGUCAUCAUCGUCAUCAUCAUGUCGGAGCAGCUUACUUUGUACCUUCACAAGCUCUCGCCCUAUAGCGCAAAGAUCGAGCUGGCUCUUGUAGAAGCCAAUGCACCCUACAGAGCCUACCAAGUCGAUCUCUCCAAUAAACCAGAGUGGUUCGCCAGUAAAGUGAACCCAGUCGGCAAGGUGCCUGCUGUAACAUAUGGGGGACCCAAUGUCGAACCCGAUGAUCCUUCGCCCCUGUCCGCUAAAAUUGCGGAAUCGAACAUCAUCCUUGAGUUCUUGGCGGACCUUUAUCCAGACUCAGGCCUCCUGCCAAAGGAUCCUGUCCUGCGCGCCAAAGUCCGUUUGUUCAUCGAUGUGACUACCAAACAGGUCGAAGCACCAUUAUACGAUUUCAUCCGAGGGCAGGAGUCAUAUGACAAUAUCCUGAAGGGGAUUGAAUUUCUUCAAGGACUUCUCGAAGAAGGUAGAGAUUUCGCGGUUGGAGAUCACUACAGUAUCGCAGACGCAUGCAUCUCUCCGGGUCUCGCAAGGCUCAAGAUCAUCACCGAAACUGACAUAGGGAAAUUCCCUGUCGGAAUGGGGUAUAAGUUAGGGGAGGAGUUAAAAGGACCGAAAUUUGCCAAAUUCAGGAAAUACGCUCAAGGAAUGCUGGACCGUCCGAGCUUGAAGCAAACUUAUGAUGAGGAGUAUACAACAACAUUCUUCAGGACGAGAUUCACUGAGCGCGUACAGUGAAGAUAUACCUGAUAGCAGAUGGUUAGCUUCGCAGGACAAUAAUUUCUAGCUGUCGGAAAUAUGCAGUAUAUCUACGUGAAUAUCAGACGCGACAUAUAAUAAA